ACAAGUGUAACACGUAAAGGAUUUUUUAAGAAUUAAAUUAACAAGCUAGUGGGCUAAGCUAAGCCUAAUAGUAGCGGAAUGCAAAUUGAAUGCAAAUUGAACGCGACCGUCAGAUGGCGUUAAGGGCAAAAAAGUAAAGAUAGGGAGGGAAAAGGGAAUCAAACAAAAGUAAUCGUCUUUUUAGUGUGUGUGUGUGUAUGUCUGUGUGUGAACGUACAGUGUGCCAGGGGAAGAGGAUAGUUGGUUCUAGGGUUUUUGAAGGGGUUGGCUGAGAGACGGAGGGGUGGGAGUUUUUUUCCCCUUUUUUACACAGUGUUAGUAGUACACACUGUCGAUCUCGGUUCACUUCUGCUGGGGGCUGGCCUGUUCUCUGGGUGCAUCUUCCUCUCUCUCCCCGUCGUCUCUUUUCUGUGGGCAGACUACCCAUCUCUCAUGUUGAACUGGCUUUGUACCGAAAGUGUUCAUCUCCUGGAUCGUGAAUCGACGGGGGUGUAAAAAUCAGCCUCAACAGUAGUUGGGUCAAACCCUUCUGAAUUCACGGAAUAUUAACGCGAGGAUAUUUUGGCGGCAUUACUGCUUGUGCUCUGUUUUUUGGGCAAUCCCACAGGUUGGAUGGGAUCUAACCAGCAAGUUGACCAGUGUCCUAGCAGAAAGUCAAUAUCUGACAAGAGGAUGUUAAACUGAAAUUGGUUUUGAUCCAGGAUCUGCCUGACCGGAAUCACCAGCCAGCAAUGUUGGAGUGGAUGGAGGAAGGAGACCGCAUGUCAUUUGAUGACUCAGACCGUUUUGAAGAAGAUUCUCUUUGUAGCUGGGGCAGCGAGCCUGAAUCUCUUUGUAAUAACUGGAGAGGAUGGAAGAAACCCUUAAUUGUCACCACAUCCAUAAGCUCACCACUGUUAGCUUCUAAUCAACGAAGAGCUGAAGAUGGAAGUGUGUUGUCGCUCUCGGAGCUGUGCUCCCGUGUUGUGGCUGCUCACAUCGCCUUCGAAGUAGUUGAACAAGCUUGGCAACCCGUACCCGAACCACUCCAAUUGCGUAUCGCCUUCUGGUCGUUCCCGGACAAUGAAGAGGACAUUCGCCUAUACUCCUGCCUGGCCAACGGUGCAGCUGAUGAGUUCAACAAGGGCGAGAAUCUCUACAAAAGCAGAGCCGUCAAAGAACCUCUUCAGAUUGGUUUUCAUUUGAGCGCCUCGGUUGUUAGUCCCAGCCAACAGACAGCCCAAGGUAAAUCUAAUACCUUUAAUGUGGCCGUUACGUUUGAUCGGAGACGCAUCACAUCAUGCAACUGCACUUGCGCUUCGCGGGCUUUUUGGUGCGCCCAUGUUGUCGCCGUCUGUCUUUAUCGCAUUCAUCAGUCUCAUUUGGUGACACUUCGUGCUCCCGUUAGCGAGUCUCUAAGUCGUUUGCAACGCGACCAGCUUCAAAAGUUCGCUCAGUAUCUUAUUAGCGAACUGCCUCAACAAAUUUUACCGACUGCGCAGCGUCUGCUCGAUGAACUUCUUUCGGCCCAGCCAUCUGCAAUCAAUACAGUUUGCGGUGCACCUGAUCCAACUGCGGGUGCGUCAGCUAGUGAACAGACAUCAUGGUGCCUCGACGAAAAUACACUUCACGAGAAUAUUCGGAAAAUCCUCAUUAAAUUUUGCGUACCGUCGCCGACGGUAUUCAGUGAUGUGAAUUACUUGAGCUCGACCGCGCCCCCCGCAGCGGCUGAAUGGAGCAGCCUGUUGCGCCCAUUAAGAGGUCGGGAGCCGGAAGGCAUGUGGAACUUGCUUUCCAUCGUCCGCGAAAUGUUCAAACGCCAUGACCGCAAUGCCGUUCCACUUUUGGAGGUUUUAACGGAAGAGAUCAUGUCGUGUGAACAGAUUAUGGUCUGGUGGUUUAACACCAAGGUGGCGUUACACAAUGGAAGUGCAGCUGGAUACGGUAGCGGUAUCAAAUCAAGCAACUUGGGAAGCCAAUCGCAAGCAUCUCAGCACGCUUGCUCUUCUUUAUGUGAUGAAGUGGUCAUCCUUUGGCGAUUAGCUGCACUCAAUCCAGGCCUUUCUGGGGAAGAGCGCGAUUUACUUCGUCAACAGUUCAGCGAAUGGCAUGUUAAAGUAAUUGACAAAGUCACGAAAAGCAAAGGGUUAACAAUCAGUGCUACUCAUGGCGCACCUCAUGUUGCUGGCGGAAAUGGUGCCGGACCGUCCACUCCUCGUCGUACUAGCCAAUCAUUUAAAGCAGAAGUUGAAGUGUUUACUGGCUUCAAACCUUCAGUUGAAGCCUGUUAUCUUAGCUGGGACGAUUACCCCGUUCCCGGGGUUACCUACACCCAAGGUCACCGUCUUUACCAUUGUCCUUUUACCUGCUUUCGACACACAGAGGCUCAUGGUCGCUUUGAUAUCGGCCCCAUCAAUUCCUCGUCGGCCGUCAUUACCAAUGACUUGCCCGUCCACAUGCUUCAAAGACGAGCAGUAGUGCAAGGCGAUUAUGCCCAGGCCAUGGACGACAUACGUCACGAGAGGGAAAGGAUAGGCGGAUUCCACCCUGCAUCACCUCUUGUCCGACCGGAAAGAGAAAUAGAUCAAGCUGGCAAUAGAAGCAGCGUUAGUAGCGAAGGUUUCUGCGAAAAUGAAGGCGAUCCAGCAGUCGAAGCGUUUGAACCAGCAGUACCUUCAGGUCUGCGGGAUCUAACCCGCCAAGACAGCGACGAUCCGGCUCUGGGUUCUGAUACCAACGAACCGGAAGUCUUGGCGGUGGAUAGUUGCACUUCGACCGAUAAAGAAAAAUCAUCACCUGAAGAUUUUGAUGCUGACUCAGACUGGUCGGGAGUUGAUGCUCGUUUAAAGAAUUCGCGACUUGAAGCCAGCGGUGGGGUGCUACUUCCUUCUGGAUCAGCAUUGGUAGCUGGAUCUUCACGAGAUACUGACGAAAUGGCCAGUUUGUCAGCCAGUCCUAGAGAAUUUAGAACAAUGGCCUUACCUGCAGCUCAAGGCGCCGUGCCACGAGAGCCUUGCGUUGUUACCGUUCCGAACCGGAGCGGUGGAGUCUUUGGAGAGUUAAAGCCAUUGGAUGAUCCACUAGAGAUCCUUUUCGCAAGAGCGGAGGGACUUCAUGCUCAUGGACAUAGUGCCGAAGCUUGUGAAUUGGGCAUACAGUUGGCGACAGAACUUUUAGCAAAUCCACCCGAUUUGUUGGUCGAGUUGCCUCCUAUUAUCACAAAGAAUGGCAAGAAAAAGAAGACGAACCCUGCUUGUCAUCAGAUCAGCUGUUUGGCUUCAGCAACGCUAGCCAAAUGCGCCUUUCUCUGCACAGUUUUGGCGGAAAAUUCCGACUAUUACCAUCUCGCCUUCAGAGUAGGAAUGUUUGGAUUGGAAUUGGCACGGCCACCUGCCACCACAAAACCAUUAGAAGUGAAGUUGGCUCACCAAGAAUCUGAGUUGGUUACGCUAUUGAAGCGAAUACCUUUAGGUCAUCCAGAAUUGUCGAUAUUGCGUGAAAAAGCUGAACAAUUACGAGAUGGCAUAUUACGAUCAAGAGGCGAUGCUUUGUUGCCACUUUCACUUGCUACGUUUAUAUUCGAAGCAUUGGUCACUGCAUCAGGAGCGCAGCAAGUUCGUGCUCCAUUUUAUUCUACUCAUCGGCUUCCAACCGAUGAGACUCUUGGCUUCGAAGCAGCCGUCUCCGCCCUGGGAUUGAAGGCGAAUGUAUCGGAAGCGGACCAUCCUCUGCUUUGUGAAGGAACUCGUCGCCAACGAGGUGAUCUCGCUGUCAUGUUGCUUGUUCAUUACAAGGACGAUCCAGACAAACUAGCCAAAAUAAUGGAAAAGCUGCUGGAUCGUCAAGUUCAUCCGCUGUACAAGGCACCGCUUCUGAGCAGUUUCUACACUAACAAUCCGACACCUAUGGGUCAGACAUCUUCCAGCAGUCGACAGGUGCGUCAACGUCGUGAAGGCAUUGAAGCUGGAAUGAUUGCCGUUUCGCUUGACGCGAAUUCACCUCCACAUGCGGCCUGCCCUUCCCAGUCUAGUGGAGGAGCUACUGCUUCGAAUACAAUACGUGGACAUAGUCCUUCUUGGGAAGAAGAUUAUGCUCAGUGGCAAGCGGGGCACGGUGCUCGUCUGGAAUCGAACACUGGAGACACGGCCAGUGGAAACGAUGCUGCAAUUAGCCAUCGUCAAAUGAUGAACGCAGCUCGCAACCGAAGUCUAACUCAUCGCUCUCAGCGACAACCGGGUCCCGGUUCGGAUUCCGGUAGCUCGGGCUCAGGAAAAUCAUCAGGAUCGGAUAGUUUUGGAUCAAGAGGUCCAAUGAAUCAACCUCCCCCUCCGAAUUGCACAGGAGUGUCACCGUCUUUGUCUGACGGCUCGAUGGGGGGAGCAAUUGGCUCAUCGAUUCCUUUAAAUAAUUUAGCCAGUCGUCAACCUCAACAACAGGCAUCCAUCCCUGAAAUGGGCGGCCUAGUAAAUGGUGGAGCCUCUUUUUCGAGAAAUAGUGGAGUCAUGGGACCUUGUGGGGGGAAAAUCAAUCGCUUUAAAAACAAGCGUCUUUAUCCUUCGGUUCCCAAUCAACCAUCUGAAGCGUCAGCCCAUUUCAUGUUUGAAUUGGCUAAAACAGUCCUUCUGAAAGCCGGAGGAAAUAGUAGUACAUCGCUCUUCACCCAGCCCAUCAACUCACAAAAUCCACGCGGUCCCAUCCGAGCACUGCAGAUGUGCGCGUUCCAGAUUGGUCUCUAUGCCUUGGGUCUUCAUAAUUGCGUCAGCGCCAAAUGGUUGAGCCGCACUUAUUCUUCUCAUGUCUCCUGGAUUACAGGUCAAGCUAUGGAGAUUGGUUCGCAAGCCCUCUGGUUCUUGAUUAGUACCUGGGAAGGACAUUUAACCCCUCCAGAAGUGGCAAGUAUAGCCGAUCGAGCGUCUCGUGGUCACGAGGCGAAUAUGGUCCGAGCGGCAGCAGAGUUGGCCCUUUCUUGCUUGCCACAUGCGCACGCAUUGAAUCCCAACGAAAUUCAGCGAGCUAUACUGCAAUGCAAAGAACAGAGUAGCGAAAUGCUGGAACGUGCAUGUCUGGCCGUCGAAAGCGCGGCUAAAGGAGGUGGAGUCUAUCCUGAAGUUCUCUUCCGCGUAGCCCGUUGUUGGCACGAGUUGUACGAGCAGCGUAUGCCCAGUGCUCGUAGGGGUGCUCGGGUUUUGCCCAGCAUCGAGCAACCGCCGCCACCAAUUCCGCUACAUGUGCCACAGUGUUCCAUGCAGCAGCCUCAAGCCAAUAUGGCCGGCGUCGGUGUUCCGGUGCCAUAUGCUAUGACAUCUAUUGUUCCCUUUCCUCUAGCUUACAGUUUCCUUCCUGGUACUGCUCCUGGACCGAAUCCACCUGCUCAGAUUCCAGGCGUUCCUGUCAAUUUUUUGGCGGCAAAUGGAGCUGGCGGCGCCACUCCGAAUGCGACGUUUUCGUAUGCUCCUCCCAUACCAGGUCUGCAGUACUUUCCUUCAGUUACGUGUCCCAUGCCGAUGGGAGCGACAUCAGCGCCUCCCAAUCCUCCUCCAGGUCCUUCUCCGUUAAUGCCAAUGUCAGUUGGGCCAGCUCAAGGGACGAAUAACCGCCCACCUCCUCCUAUACCCCCUCCGGGUUGUCCGGUCACGCUCCAGCCGCUCAUUCACACGUCCAACAGUACGACGCAUCAAGCUCCACCUCUAUUUGUCCAACAGUCGCAAGCCAACUCGGUCCGAUCUCCCCCAACAGCCACCGGAGCUUUGCCUAAUCAGGCACUCACUCCGACGCAGCUGCAUUUUCUUUUGGCGGCCUAUCGAGUUGGAAUUGUAGCUCUGGAAACCCUUGGAAGAAGAGCUCAUGAUGACCGUCCGCAGGCUCGCUAUUCGCGUAAUCCGCCCUACGGUGAAGAUGUCAAAUGGCUUCUCUCUGUUGCUAAGAAACUUGGAACGGAUUACCUCCAGCAGUUCUGUGUCGUGACGGUGAACAGUGUUGUAAGCCCAUUUGUACUCCAUGAGAUUGCUGUAGAGGCAGCCCAUUUCUUCGCCUACACUGGAUCAUCCCCACCCAAUCCGUAUAUGCAGCACUUGCGUUCGCGAGUCCUGACGCCACUUAUUCAAAAGUGUCAUCAAAUGUACAUCCAGUGCAUCAACCACAAGCUUUACCACCUCAAUCCUACCGAUUACGAUGACUUUCUAACGAUAAUUCAAACGGCGAGAACGGCUUUUCACCUCAUACCAACGGGACCGAUGCAGUUCAAUGAAUUUCUGCAGUCCAUUCAAAAGUCGAAAUCCUGCACCAAAGACUUAUGGGGUCGUCUAAUGGCCAUCAUUCGUCAACCAGCCGUUUGACAAAAAGUCAAUGAUAGGAAAAAAUUUUAGUUUGCAUACACCUCCACAACUUUUUUCGUCUCGCGUAAUAUUGUAAAUAGUUCAUUCUCAUCCGUCGUAUCGUUUAGAUUACCUCGCUCGUUUAAAAUCUCCCCCCCCCCCAUUCACGUUUAACCCAAUCCGAUGAAAAAUUUGACUUACUUCGCUCGUGUCGCAAAGUGAUCGAUGCCCGAAUCGAUAGUUUAUUCUCCCUUUCUUUUCUUUUUUUUUUUUUUUUUUUUUUAACCAGACUCGCUUCAAUUUUAGAUGGAAAAAAACACACACAUUAAAACAGAUACCAAUUUAAAAAUUAAAUUUGUUCAUCCCUGGUCGAAACUGUUGUUGUACGUUUGUUUUUCAUUUUCACCUUUCCAUAGACCAUAUAAAUAUAGUUCACAGGCAGAUAACUCUCAGGGAGCUUCCAAGUAAAGGAAACUGGUUGUCUGAAAUUUGUUUCUCUUUAUCCACCAAUCGAUUCUCAAUCCGCAUCGACACCGUUGACUACUCUUCUGUUUCCCGGCUUCGAUCAAAUUUGUGGGAGACGAAAAUGACACUUCGUACGGAAAAAUUUUAUAAGAAGAAAAAGCCGCGUUAGUUUUAAAUUCAAACACAAAAUUUAAAACAAGUAACUGAAGGCUAAAGGAACAGGUUCAUCAACCGGCUCAAAAACGAUUUGUUUUUAUUAACUUAAAAAUUCGUUUAUGUCACUUCGCAAACGUGUAUGAACUUUGCAAAAAUUUGCUCCUUUAUUCUUAGCAGUUCUAAGUGUUACUUUGUGUCUUGACUGUUAAACUCCCUUUCGCCUAUGUUUAAAAAUAUGAAGAAAAAAAAAAAAGAAACUUGGGAUGUCGCUUUUUAAGGUAAUUUCCAUUUACUGUAGAGCGUCAAUUCAAUGUCGGAACGUUUUAUAACCUAUCUUAGGGACGUUGAUGUUCUUUUUGUUUGUUUCUCUCUUCUUUCCGGCUCUUUUCACUUCGUUUUUCUUUUUUAAAUUUUUUUGUUUAUUUUUGUUUUUGUUUUUUUUUAUUUUUCCACUUUCGCAAGGGAAAAUGUUCUAUUUGCGCAACACAUAAGAUGAAACGUUUCUUUGAAGUUGUCAUGAAUGAAAUAAUAGAUGAGAUUGGGAGAAUCGUGUAUGUUAUUUAUCAACCUUCGAACCCGAUCAACAAAGUAAUUGGUAAAAAUACACGGUUUUCUCGUUA